AUGGAGAAACUACUUCACAAAUACGGAGUGAUGCAUAAAGUAGCCACACCAUAUCAACCACAGACCAAUGGCCAAGCAGAGCUUGCAAAUAGGAAGUUGAAGAGGGUUUUGGAAAAAAUAGUGGGGAACACAAGAAAGGAUUGGGCCAGAAAAUUAGAAGAUGCUCUCUGGGCAUACAUAACAGCCUUUAAAACUCCUAUUGGAAAGUCCCCUUUUCAGUUAUUAUAUGGCAAGUCCUGUCACCUCCUUGUAGAGCUUGAGCAUAAAGUCUUCUGGGCCAUUAAACUCCUCAACCUUGAUUCUCAAGCAGCAGGAGAUAAGAGGCUACUGCAAAUAAAUGAGUUGGAUGAGUUUAGAUUGGAAGCCUAUGAAAAUGCUAAGAUUUACAAGGAAAAGGCUAAGAGAUAG